CACAUGGUGAACAAACAACCGGCGCGCUGUACGUAAUAGCGGCGUGUGUGUUCCCUGCUGCCUUUCAACUGGAAAUCACUUUUUCUGAGUCAACAUGGCGUCAGAUGACAUUGCUCUGCUGGCUGACGCUCUUUCAAAGACCCACGUCGGGGAUGGAGAGUUGAGCUUUAAAGGCCUGGGACUGAAGCUGGACGACGCACAAUCAGUGGAGGAGCUGGUCCGGGACAUCGAGCAGUUUCAGGGUCUGAGAGCUCUGCGUCUGGAGGGAAACACGGUGGGAGUGGAAGCAGCUCAAGCCAUCGCCAAAGCUCUGGAGAACAAAGACCAUCUCCAGAGAUGCUACUGGAGCGACAUGUUCACUGGAAGGUUGCGCUCUGAAAUCCCAACAGCUCUGAGGUCCCUGGGCAGUGCUCUGAUGACUGCAGGAGCCCGGCUGACGGAGCUGGACCUGAGCGAUAACGCCUUCGGGCCGGACGGUGUGAAGGGAGUCGAGCAGCUGCUGAAGAGCCCGUCCUGCCACUCUCUGAAGGAGCUGAGGCUCAACAACUGUGGCGUGGGCAUCGGAGGAGGAAAGAUCCUGGCUGAAGCUCUGAUCGACUGCCACAGGAAGUCCUUGGCUCACGGAUCUCCUCUCAGACUGAGAGUGUUCGUCGCAGGGAGGAACCGGCUGGAGAACGAAGGAGCCAGCGCCCUCGCUAAAGCCUUUCAGCUGAUGGGCAGCCUGGAGGAAGUCCACAUGCCUCAGAAUGGCAUUAACCACGCCGGAGUGAUGGCGUUAGCUUCAGCCAUGAGACACAACCCGGAUCUGCGCGUCCUCAACCUGAACGACAACACCUUCACCAAGAGGGGAACCAUCGCCAUGGCCCAGGCUCUGAGGCACCUGAGGAACGUUCAGGUGAUAAACUUUGGAGACUGUCUGGUCCGCUCUGAAGGAGCCAUCGCCCUCGCUGCCGUCCUCCGAGAGGGACUGCCCGUCCUCAAGGAGAUCAAUCUGUCGUUCGGUGAGAUCACAGAAGCAGCUGCUCUGGUUGUGGCUCAGGCCGUCAGAGACAAACCUGACAUGGAGAAAGUGGAUCUGAACGGUAACUGUCUGGGACAGGAGGGCUGUGACGCUCUGAGGGAAGCUAUGGAGAAAGGAGACAUGCUGGGGUCACUCAGUGAUGAUGAAGGAGAACCUGAGGACGAAGAUGAUGAUCAAGACGACCAUGAAAACGAGGAGGAGGAGGAGGAUGAUGAGGAUGCCAGUGACGACUGCAAUGAAGAUGAGGACGGAGAAAUCCUGAAGGAAAACGGAACAACGAAAAAAGACGAUAGUCCAGAAAAACCUCAGAGCUCAGCAGAGAUCAUGUCCUUCCUCAGCUGCCCCUCAGCAGAGAAGCUGCUUCAGCUCGGAGAGACGAGGACAAACGUGCAGCAACAGGUGCAUGCGUCUGACCCUCACACGGCGGCUGAAAUCCUCCUGAAAAUCUCUUCUCUGUACAGUGAGGAACCAGAGACAAAGACAGCCGUGCUUGAAACUAUUGACGCUGUGCUGAAGAAGCUCCUCUCUGGAUCAGACCUCUCGUCUUACUGCUUCCUCUCCACGCUGCUCGUCAUGAUGGGACUCCUCAAGGGCGAGGGGAAGGUGAAGAAGGUGCCGCUGGUCCCAGGUCAGCUGUUGUGUUUGGAGCACGCUGUGCAGCAGGAGUAUUUCCCGCAGCACGUGGCCUCGCUGCUCCACACCUUCACCUCCAGAAACAGUGAAGCUCUGGAGUCCUGCAGCAGCGCCAGUGAGAGGCUGAGCAGCACUCUGGAGAAAAAGUGCCACUGAUGAACACACACACACACACACACACACGCCUUAAUGUCUUUGCCAACAGGUUUACACUUGAACAAGGGACACGUACGACCACUUACUGUUUUCUCCACUUCUUAUUUGUAUAUUUUUUGAACACUGUCCAGAAUGUCUUAGUUUUUAUUUUUUCUACUUAAUACUUGCGUCUUAUUUUUUUAUAGAAAUAAUAAAAAAAUAUUAGAAAAUACACACCAGGUAACCUUUGGGUGAAUGUGUAAAGAAUGUAACCUGGAGCGGAGCUAACAUUAGACCAUGGCUCCUUUUUCGUUUCGUAACAUCUUGCCGUGCAUUCAGUUAUACAAACUCUUUCAAAUUCACUGUGAAAAGAAACCAACAAUGUGUCUCUGCUCGACAGGGAGAGCUGCAUCUUAAAAAAUAACUUUUAUUGCCGCUUGAUCUGCCAAAUUGUUUUGCUCGAUUGGGUUUUUACGGAGCCCGACAGGUGCAAAUGCGAUAUAACGGCCCCCAACUUCAGAAAAAAGGCAAAUAAAAAAACACAAAUGUGCCAAAACACUUUAGAAAACAUUAACCAACUUGACCAAACAUGUGCAGCGUUGACUAAAAGAGCUGCGUCAACAGAACGCUGCAAACACAACGCACCUGUAAGUGUAAGAAAAUUGGGAACAAAAUAAGUACACAUUUUUUAGUUUAAUAUGAGAUAACACAGAAAAGCGAGGAAAUCCUUCCAUCACUAAACUAAUGAUUCCUUUUUAAAAAUAUUUUGAGUUUAUUUUACUCUCAAUCGACCCAUCGUUGCAGCUCUAGAGACAUAUCUACAGAGACUCUGGGUUGGAACAUUAAGGUUAUUUCCAGGGUGUCGAUACAUUUGGGAUUUGUUCAGCAAAUUUUGAGGGAAAUUGCAGAUAUUCAGCUUCCUGAUACUGCCACAAAGUUUGCUGUAUGUAUAUUAUCUCACAUAUGCUGCUAUUUGUUGCUGUGAAAACGUAGAGGGAGACGGAAAUUAAAAGGGCAAUUAUACUGAGUGUAACAUUUACAAUCUAUAUCACAAUUAAGAGCUGCCUUAAUUUUGCUGUGUUUUAUUGAUGAGAUGCAAUCAUUACAUAAGGUCCAGUGACGUCAGUGUGCAUCAGACUGUGAGCAGGAAUGAGCUACACACACACACACACGCCUUAACACACAGCUGCAUGUGUGUAUACCCUGCACUGAUCCCAGUCAUAACACUGCACAGCUCAGGGGACCACAAUCACUUUUACCUCUUCUUGUUUUUUUUUAUCCAUAAAUAUAAUUCAUAAAUGUGCUCUUAUGUGACUUUGUGUUGCACCAAUUCAGUUGCUUUGUGUUCCCUCAGAUAGUGAUGUAAGGGAACAUUUAAAGGUAAUAGGGAUUAGGACUUUAAAUACUCUUCUGAUUAACAUUAGACCAUGUGGACUGCAUUUUGUUUGGACAGGAUAUUGCUUGAUGUGUUUUAACUGUCAGAAAUAUAACUCAUCCAACAAGCCUGA